UCACAACGCAGACCAAAAAUUGAAUGCUCUCAGGUAUAGCUACUUUUCCGCCCUACAAGCAAUCAUGACGCCGCGUCGAUUCUCAGUGGCAUCGCUCUUUGUAGUACUGUUGUGUAUUGCGACUGUCUAUUCUGCUAUUCUACCCAGACAAGCAAGCUCAGCGAAAUCUUCGUCUUCCAGGAUCUUGUCUUCUAAGGCUUCGUCUUCUUCCAAGGCCUUGUCUUCAUCGAGGGCCUCAUCUUCUUCCAGAGUCUCAUCCUCGUUCAAGGUCUCAUCCUCAAAGGUCUCCUCAAAAGUUUCGUCGUCCUCCAAGGCAUCAGCUUCAAAAAUCACUUCCGCUUCUAUCUCCAACCCAAGGACAGGGUCGACCACUUCAGCCAGUUCUUCCGUAUCAGGAGCCUACUCCAUUCCUCAAAAGGAAGCCGCGCCCUCCAAGAGAGCAGAUGCCAUCACGUCAAAGCGGAACAACUUCCAAUAUGGACCACCCGUUGCAGGUGGUCCUGCUUUUCCCAAUGGCACUCUCGGUAAUACUUUAGUCAGCAACGAUAUAUCGAGCCUUCAAGCCGAAACCAACAAGCAACAAAGUGCUUCCUCCUCGGACACCGCAUCUGCCAAUGCCGAUAUCUCCAAGUAUAAUGGACUCAAGACAUUGAAUGAUUACACGUUGCUCUACGACGAUGAGUGGACAGCAACAUUAUCUCAAGGUCCCAUCCGCGGUAUCCUUACAAACUACACCCAAGACUUGCUGUUCUCAAUGGAACGUCUUUCUUUCAGCCCCUAUCAAAUCCGCAGGUUGAAUUCGAGCAAAGACAAGCUCAACUUCCAAGUCGAUGACAAGAUUGCAAAGAACAUCACUGGCAUGACCUUGCAGCAACUGUUCACAUCUGGUCGUCUGUUUUACUCCGACUACAGAGAUCAGGCAAAACUCAAGACCACGACAAACGGAGCUCGUUAUUCGGCUGCUGUGGAUGCUUACUUUUAUAUCAAUCAGACUUCGGGAAAUUUCCUGCCCCUGGCCAUCAGAACUAACCAAGGUGGAAGUCUUGUUUACACACCAGCAGAUACCAGGGAUGAUUGGCUCCUUGCUAAGAUCAUGUACAACGUUUGCGAUCUGUGGUUUGCCCAGUGGGAGCAUUUGGCGAGAACCCAUGAGGUUGUCCAGAUUGUGUACAUGGCUGCUAUCCGCACGCUGAGUGAUACCCAUCCUGUAAAGGCACUACUUGACCGAUUGAUGUACCAAGUCUUUGCUAUCCAGCCCCUGGCAGCAUCCAUCUUAUUCGCCCAAGGCGGUGCCGUGGACAUCUCCUUCCCAUACGCCUACGACGCCGCCCAAGAUUACAGCACGGGCUACUACUUCAACCGCAGUGGUGCCUUCCAGUCCAACUACUUCCUCACCGAUCUAAAAAACCGUGGCUUGAUCAAUUCCACAACCGGACCGGCGCUCAAGAAUUUCCCCUUCUAUGAAGACGCUUCUGUCAUUUACUCGGCUAUGCGCGUGUUUAUGACUUCAUUUGUUGGCUCGUAUUAUUCGGCGGAUUCGGUGGUGCUGGCGGAUAAGGAGAUACAGGCUUGGGUUAAAGAGUGCAAUGGCGCUGCUAAAGUCAUUGAUUUCCCUGCUGCUAUUGCGAAGAAGGAUACAUUGGUUGAUGUAUUGACGCAUAUGGCCCAUCUGUCCUCGACAGCACAUCACACGGUCAACACCAACGAACUCAUCUCCGCAUCAGCCACCCUCCCGUUCCACCCCCAUUCCCUCUACCAACCUGCCCCGAAGCAAAAGCGUAGCGUUUCCAACCUAACGACUUUCCUCCCUCCCUUUGAAAAAGCACAAGAGCAAAUUCAAAUAAACGCUCUGUUCUCGAGAAACUAUCUCGCUGGCACUAAUCGAACAUUGAGUCACAUGUUCGACGAUGCGACUAUGCUUCAGAAAAUGAAUGCGAAUACCAAGACUGCAGCUGCGACAUUCAAGAGUGCUAUGGAUUCAUUUAGCUCCAAGAUCAAGGGCAGGAAGUUUGAUUCCAAGGGGCUGAGUCAGGGUAUGCCGUUUGUGUGGCAAGCGCUGGAUCCGAAUGUUAUGCCUUUUGGUGUUACUGUUUGAGAAGAUGUAUGUAGUUGUCGUGUAAGAUUAUGUGUAUAUUAUUUCAUGGUUGAAUUUGGUUGAAUUUAGUAAAAGCAUUGAUUUAGCACUCGUGUAGAACGGGAGCGGUGAUGUGUUGUCAAGAAGUGGUUCUUUUGUGUGCGUGGAAAGACCGGGUAGGCGGACGAGAAGAGAAAUAGAUAAUCGUGACGAAGAACACAAGGCAGGACGCAGGAAAGAGAAGCAAACAAGGGGGGAAAAAGCAGGUAGAACAUG